UUUUGGUCUGGGAAAGUAUUCCCUGGUGCCGACUAGGCGACGGGACCACCAAAAACCACUCUCUUGUGCGCGAGCAUCGUUAAAAUUGGCCACGCCGCCGCCGCCGGCCGGCGAGGAGCCGGUACUGUCUGCUUGCUCUUCUUUUCACCGAACCAAAACGCCCGCCGGAAAGGGUCAAAGGGGAAACAGAGAUCUCGGUUUGCAGUGAUGAAGCUUCGCUGAUGAGCUGGCGCCCGUCCACUCGCAACGACGCUGGACAAAAGACUAGCCGUCCCGUCCCGUCACGGCCCGGCGACCUGGCAAGGAGAACUGCAGCGACAGCGACAGCGACCUCUGGACAAUCGGCUGUGACGGUCUUUCUCGUUUGUUUUAUAGAUAGGAAAGAAAUAAAGAUAAGGGUUAAAGCUUUCUCGUAGCCUCCUCAGAACAUACGGGCGAUUGUCUUUUCGCCGGUGAGCCAUUAAUUCCGUCGAGCUGAUUUCUUCUUGCUGGUUUUGCCGGUUUUAUUUUUUUCUUUUAUUGGUAAUUCUUGGCCGUGGCGACUGACGAUUCCUUUUGGCGCUUGUAAUAGCACAAGCAUAGCUAAAGUCGUCCCGUUUCCUCCUGGUUUCAAUCUGUUUGGAACUUUUGUUAGUUCCGGUCCAUAGGGGGAAUCGUACUAUCCUGUGGUCAAAAUUGUCGCUUCUUUCUUUUGUCGCUCUCUCUAUACACACCAAAAAGAAGGAAAAAAAACCACGAUUUUUUCUCCCAACUUUGAGUAAUUACCGAGUGUUUCUUCAAGUCGGAGCUCGGCUCUGUGCUUAGCCGGGACCCUAUACUUGGGGUUUUGGCGGGUCCAUCGGAAUGGUCAGCGGGAAUCUGCUCUACCGGAGGAAGCGCUCGUGGCGUGCCGAUGAGUUCGUGAGCCGGAGCACGCUGCAAUUGCUCGACUUUGAUGAUGGCUCACCACCAGAGCAUGCAUGGAGAAGGAAACUAAGUAGUCAUGCUAAUAGAUUGAAGGAGUUCAAUGUCACAUUCAGAGAAGCAAUUAGAAUGAUGAAACUUGGUCUCCGACUUUGGUCAUACAUUCGGGAAGAAGCUUCUCACGGAAGGAAAGCACCAAUCGAUCCAUUCACUAGAGAGGGCAACAAGCCCUCAGCCUCGCAAGGAGUACCUCUUGGUGGGAUGGGGAGUGGUAGUAUUUCAAGAGGCUUUAGGGGAGAAUUCAAGCAUUGGCAGAUAACUCCUGGUUCUUGUGAAAUGUCACCUGUGAUGGCCAAUCAAUUUUCGAUCUUUGUCACUCGGGGAGGAACCAAGAAAUACGCUUCAGUUUUGUCGCCUGGUCAACUUGAUGGUUUGAAGAAAUCUACUGAUGAUGGUAUAUCAUCCUGGGACUGGAAAUUAAAGGGUGAUCGUUCAACGUAUCAUGCUUUGUUUCCUCGAGCAUGGACUGUUUAUGAUGGCGAGCCAGAUCCUGAACUGAAAGUAUCCUGCCGUCAAAUAUCUCCAUUUAUUCCCCAUGAUUACCAGGAGAGCAGCCUUCCUACCUCUGUUUUUGUAUACACUCUAGUGAAUACUGGAAAGGAAAGAGCAAAAGUUAGCCUAUUGAUGACUUGGGCGAAUUCUAUAGGAGGACUUUCACAUCAUUCUGGGGAUCAUGUAAAUGAGCCAUUCGUAGGGAAAAAUGGAGUUUCUGGUGUUCUUCUACAUCACAAGACAGCCAAUAAUAAUCCUCCUGUAACAUUUGCAAUUGCGGCAUGUGAAAAUCAAAAUGUAAAUGUCACAGUAUUGCCUGUUUUUGGGCUUUCUGGAGAAAGUUCUGUUACUGCUAGGGGAAUGUGGGGCACAAUGGUUCAGGAUGGUUCCUUUGAUCAAGAUAAUCUCAAUACUGGUCCUAGCAUGCCUUCUUUGCUGGGCGAUACAGUUUGUGCAGCAGUUUCUGCUUCCACCUGGGUUGAACCACAUGGAAGAUGUGCAGUUGUAUUUGCAUUGGCUUGGUCUUCUCCUCAGGUUAAAUUUAAAAAGGGGAGUACAUACUACAGGAGAUAUACAAAGUUUUAUGGAACUUCUCCAAGAUCAGCAGUAAAUUUGGUAGAGGACGCUUUGAUGAAGUAUAAACAUUGGGAAGAAGAGAUUGAUAAGUGGCAGACCCCGGUUCUCCAAGAUGAGAGGCUUCCAGAAUGGUACAAGAUUACACUCUUUAAUGAGCUGUACUUCCUAGUUGCUGGUGGAACCGUUUGGAUUGAUAGUGGAUCUUUGGUGUCUGAUGCUGAUAACAAGUCGAAUCCAGAGGAAAGUAAUUUGUCACAUGAGAUCGAUGACAAAGAAAAUGUUGGGAAAUUUUUGUACCUUGAAGGAAUAGAAUACUUCAUGUGGUGCACCUAUGAUGUACACUUCUAUGCCUCCUUUGCUCUUUUGGAUCUGUUUCCUAAGAUUGAAUUGAGCAUUCAACGUGAUUUUGCUAGAGCUGUUUUGCGGGAAGAUAACAGAAGAGUCAGAUUUCUUGCUGAUGGUACCUGGGGUAUUCGUAAAGUAAUCGGUGCUGUCGCCCAUGAUCUUGGAGCACAUGAUCCUUGGCAUGAAUUGAAUGCUUACAACAUACAUGACACAAGUAGAUGGAAAGAUCUUAAUCCCAAGUUCGUUCUUCAGAUUUACAGGGAUUUUGCUGCAACAGGUGACAAGUCAUUUGGCAAGGAUGUCUGGCCUGCAGUCUGUACUGCUAUGGAAUACAUGGAACAAUUCGAUCAUGAUGGUGAUGGUAUGAUUGAAAAUGAUGGAUUUCCUGAUCAAACUUACGAUGCUUGGACAGUUCAAGGAGUAAGUGCAUAUUGUGGUUGCCUCUGGCUUGCUGCCCUUCAAGCUGCGGCAGCACUGGCCGGAAGCCUUGGACAUGAUGACUAUGCUGAGAGGUGCAUGACAAGAUUUGUGAAAGCUAAAACUGUAUUUGAAGCCAGGUUAUGGAAUGGUUCACACUUCAAUUAUGACAGUGGUACAAGUUAUAGUAGCCGUUCCAUCCAGGCAGAUCAGCUGGCUGGACAAUGGUAUACUGCAUCGUCAGGUUUGCCUCCUCUAUUUGAUGAGGAUAGGAUAAAAUGCACGCUUCAGAAAAUAUUUGACUACAAUGUGAUGAGGGUGAAAGGAGGACGUAUGGGAGCCGUGAAUGGUAUGCAUCCAAAUGGGAAGGUAGAUGAAACCUGUAUGCAGUCAAGAGAAAUCUGGACAGGAGUAACAUAUAGUUUAGCAGCAACGAUGCUGCUCCAUGGAAUGGAGCAUCAGGCCUUCACUACUGCAGAAGGCAUUUAUACUGCAGGAUGGUCUGAAGAGGGCUAUGGGUACUGGUUCCAAACUCCAGAAGCAUGGACAAUUGAUGGCCAUUACAGGUCACUAAUUUAUAUGCGCCCCCUUGCAAUCUGGGCAAUGCAGUGGGCCUUGUCGCCUCCAAGGUCGAUACUGGAGGCGCCGAAGGUAAAUACAAUGGACAGAGCUCACAUUUCUCCAGGCACCUUCCAAUUUCUCCAGGAUAGCGUUAGAAAGAUGACACCAAAAAACGGUUGUUUUGGAAACACUGUAAUUAACUUGGAUUGCUGAUGUGACGGUAGCACUUGUAUCUCGCACUGUCCAAUGUAUGUUUACGGAGCACCUCAUUUAGAAAAUGUUGAGUGUGAAACGGGUGCUAUAUUCUGUUCAGCCUUUGCAGUUAUGUGGUGUACCUCUCUGAUGUAAAUUGCAUCUCACAGUGGGCCGGACUUUGUAAAUUGUUGUACAGAAAACGUACAUAUGAUAAUGCCGUGUUACCCUGAUAUUCAUGA